CUGAAGUUAGCAGAGAAUUAGUAAUUUUCUGAUUUUUUUUUUUUAAAUUAAUUACAAAAAAAAACGAAAAAUAAAAAUAUGCACAUAGAAAAUUUUAAAAUUUACAGGCGCACUUUUUUCGAAUAUUUUUUUUUUACAGUUUAUCGUCUAAAAAUUCAAAAUUUAUCAGACGUCUGCUAACUUCAGUAUCAUGAACUGAAUGAAUACUGACUGAAUUGGACAUCAGACUCUUGUGUGAAUGAACUGAUAAAAAGUUAUGAGGAUAAAAAAUAAAUAAAUAGUAAAUAAGUUAAGAAAUGGAAAUUUUUUAAUGAAAGUUGACGUCCAGAACUGUCAGUUCUGUGGUAUAAUUUAAAAAAAAUGAGUGGCGCAAUAAAUAUGAGCUGGUUGAAUUCAAGUGAAGCUGAAUCGUUGAUGCCUUAUUUCUAUGAUGAUAAAGCGAGAGUAAGAAGACGUUAUGGACUUUUAGAGAGACCGUCAUUACCACCGUCUAUUGAAGAAGUAACUUAUAAAAUAUUUAUAAUAGGAAGACCUGGAGUUGGUAAAUCAUCAGUAGUAUCUCGAUUUUCCGGUAUAGCUCACGAAAAUUAUAUAUCUUCUGAAAUAAAUGGUAUACGAAAGACUAUGAUCUAUUGGCCAGUUAAAAUUUGGGACAAAGUUGUUUUAUUCCGACUUAAUUUUUGGGAUACUACGGAAAGCAGUAUUAAAAAAUACAGUCAUGUUUUACCGGCAUGUAAGGAGAAAGUUGAUGCUAUUUGCUCAGUAUUUUCCUUCGAGGAUCUUCCAAGUUUUAAUGACAUACCCUAUUUGAUGAACUCGAUGAGCAAUAUGAAGGAACGACCAGCUAAUAUCGUGAUUGGUACCAGAUACAAACCCUGGUCGACGUUACCCGUUGCUGAGUUGCUGUUGAAAGAGUUCGAAAGCAAGUGGAAGGUAAAAGUAAUUAAAGUUGAUGUCAGCAAAACAACUGCUAGACCAGAAAUACUCGACUGUUCUUAUCAACUUAAUUCAAUAUGCAAAGCUCUCUGGAAUAGAGAUCAAGAAUUUAUAACUAAACAAAUGCACGCUUAAUACUUUUUAUUUUAUUAAUUAUUAUAAAAAUACAUUUGUUUUAUUUUA